AUGGCCACCAACGAUACCGAGGCCAGCCGUCUGCAGGAGCUUCAUGCAGUCGUGCGCGACCAAGAUGACUUAGAAAGAGAUAUCACCAGCAAGGCGGACCAAAUCAUCGCGGAAAAAGCCGAAGAAAACGACAUCAAACGCCUGGAGAAGGCCUUGAACGGAAAAGAGAAGAUUGACGCCCAAAUAAGAUCGGCACGCCACCGCCUGGCUCAGCACGUCGGAGCAGCGACCCGCCACAAGCUCGAAAAUGAGCUACACAAGCAGGAGCAGCGUCGAAAUGAAGCACAAAAUGACAUCCGAGAGAUCCAAAAGCGUAUCGAUGAUCGGCGCAAGGCCCAGGAGGCUGGGACCGGUCCCCAGGGCCCUGGUCGACAACUCAACGAGUCCCGCCGCGACUACCUUCUUCGGACGGGAAAGAUCACUCCAUUCGAUCUCGCGGCUGCCGGGACUCAGCACGGCGACCUCUCGACUCUCCAGGAUGCCCUGGACGAUGCAGAAGAUGAACAGAAGCUGGAGGAAGAGCGUGCACAGGCGCCGAACGAGCCCACUACGUCCCACCGCAACCUUGCGCGCCCCGGACUGGAUUUUGAAGAGGGCAGUGAGAGCAGCGUCACGGCAGGUACAACCAAGCGAAGGAAACUCGCCACAAGCCCUGAGCCCAUAAAAAUACGCAAAUCUAGUUCGCCCGAUGCCGACUCUUCUGCGAGCUUUGUUGCCUCCGAUGGCCCGAGUGCGGAAUCGGAAGAUGAUGACUUCAUGCCCGAUACCGAGGCCGGUAACACUGCUUGCAAGCGCAAGCAGACUAACACCGAGGCCGAGUUUGAAGAUCUUAGUGGUGUGGAUGACGGGAAUGAAAAGGUCUACCAGGAUCGCCUCCAAAAGUGGAUCAAAAAACGCAGCGCCGCCCGCAGACGCGCGAACCCGGGCACUAAAGAGGAAGACGAGGAGCAGGACGAAUGGCUCAAACCGCAUCCCACUGAACCAGACAUGGAGCUCGCAAAUGGACUCCGCAUUCCUGGAGAUAUCAGUCGAUAUCUGUUUGACUAUCAACGCACGGGCGUCCAGUGGCUCUGGGAAUUACACCAACAAAUGGUCGGUGGCAUCAUUGGAGACGAAAUGGGCCUUGGUAAGACAAUUCAGGCCAUCUCUUACCUUGCGUCUUUGCACCACAGCAAUCUUUACGACAAGCCCUCAAUAAUUGUAUGCCCCGCAACGCUCAUGGUGCAGUGGGUUAAUGAAUUCCACCGCUGGUGGCCAGCGUUCCGUGUUUCGAUCCUGCACACUUCUGGUAGCGGUAUGAUGAAUCUCAGCAAGGAGAGAAAUCGCGAGAGUCGACUGGCAUCGGAGAUGAUGGGCACCAGCUCUUCCCGCCAUAUGUCGGUCGGCCAAAAAGCUGCCAAGAGAAUCAUUAACCGCGUGACUGAUGCCGGCCACGUCUUGGUAACUACAUAUGCUGGCCUACAGUCGUACGCAGAUCUUCUAGUUGGCGUUGAUUGGGGAUGUGCUAUUCUUGACGAAGGUCACAAGAUUCGCAACCCCGAUGCUAGCAUCACAUUCAGUUGCAAAGAACUUCGAACUCAUCAUCGCAUCAUUCUAUCUGGAACUCCUAUGCAGAACAGCUUAGUUGAUCUAUGGUCUCUUUUUGAUUUUGUCUUCCCAAUGCGUCUCGGAACCCUGGUCUCCUUUAAGAACCAGUUCGAAAUCCCCAUUCGCCAAGGUGGAUACGCAUCCGCGUCAAAUCUUCAGGUACAGACUGCUGCAAAGUGUGCGGAGACUUUGAAAGACGCAAUCAGUCCUUACCUCCUUCAGCGCUACAAGGCCGAUGUCACCUCUGAUCUGCCCAAGAAGAGCGAGCAGGUGAUCUUCUGCAAACUCACCAAGUGGCAACGAACGGUAUACAAGAGGUUCCUUGGCUCGGACGACAUGCGCUCUAUAUGCAGAGGCAAAAGGAAUUCUCUGUUCGGAAUCGAUAUCCUUCGAAAGAUUUGCAACCAUCCGGAUCUCGUUGACCAUGCACUCCGAUCUCACGAGACCGAUUACGGCCAGGGUGAGCUGUCUGGCAAAAUGCUCGUUUUGAAGGGCCUUCUUGAGGUGUGGAGAGAUACAGGCCACAAAACUCUAUUGUUCGCACAGACUCGUCAGAUGUUAGACAUUAUUCAGAAGUUUCUUCUGAACCUUGGCGACUUCAACUUUCGUCGCAUGGAUGGAAAUACCGCGAUCAAAGACCGCCAAAACAUGGUGGAUGAAUUCAACACCAAUCCUGACAUUCACGUCUUCCUUCUUACCACCAGAGUUGGAGGUAUCGGGGUGAAUCUCACUGGGGCUGAUCGAGUCAUUAUUUACGACCCAGAUUGGAAUCCGUCGACUGACAUGCAAGCCCGUGAGCGCGCAUGGCGUCUUGGCCAAAAGCGCGAUGUCACCAUUUUCCGUCUCAUGACCAAGGGUACGAUUGAAGAGAAGAUCUAUCACCGCCAGAUAUUCAAGCAAUUCCUGACCAACAAGAUCACCAAAAACCCCCACCAACGAGAGGUUUUCCAACUUGGUGAUCUCUACGAUCUAUUCUCUCUGACUGAGGAAGACGACAAUGAGCUGGAAACAACUAGGCUCUUCAAAAAUGCCGAAGUGACCUACAAAGAAGAAGACCAGCCGACUCCCAAGAAAGGCAGCGCUGGUGGAAUGACCAAAUCCCUGCCUCCCAAGGCUGAAGACAUCAACACCGUCCCAGGAGUUGCCAACAUUGAAGAAUUCAAGAACAGCUCUGAAGAGGAAAAGGAAUCCCAAAACGCCGAACAACGUAUUAUGCACGGCAUCUUUGCGCGUUCCGGUGUUCACUCCGCCCUUGAACACGACCACAUCGUGGACGGUAGACGCGCAGUCCGAGCCGACGCCAAAGACAUUGAGCGCGCAGCCCGCCGCGUCGCCGACGAAGCAGCCGCAGAGCUUCGCAAAGCCGAGGAGACCGCGCGCACCGUGCCCAUCGGCCUUCCAACCUGGACUGGCCAGUACGGAGUCGGCGGACGUGACAAUCUGGGCGGUAGUUCCGCACGUCCCGCCCGAGCUGGCCCCUCCUCCGCCAACCUCCUCGCAAACCUCAAUCCUGCCGCUGCCCUCAACAAUGCCCUCCCCGCAGUCCCAGACCGCAUGCCCCGCGGCAAAGAAUUCAUCCCACUCAUCCGAGACUUUCUUCUCAAGCGCCUCGGUCCCGUGUGGAGCCAGGUGAUUGUUGACAAUUUCAACCACUUCUGCACAAAUCAGCAGCGCUCAGUUGAGUUUCAGGAAGCACUGAAGAAAGUGGCUAAGCUUGAGCGGGAUCGUGGUGGCCGUGGCAAAUGGGUUUUAAAGCCUGAGUACAUACCCUCUCCGCCAUCAGAGUCUGCGCGCAAUGUUCCGAGGAGAUGA